AUGAUUUAUUUUUAGUGCAAAAUAAACAUAGUUUUAUUUACAUCAUUUCUAAUUGCUCAUCCCUAAUGAAACAAAAGCACUUUGGAAUGUUUUGCUUCAAAAUCAUCUGGAACAAACAAAAACUAAACAAAAAUUAAACAAAAUGACAUGUAUUGUAUAUUAUGUAAAUGAAUUGUAAAUAAAUUGUCUCGUUUAUAACUGCAAAAUCUCAGUGUGUUCUUCAUCGCAUUCACACUGACUUGAUGAAAAAGAAAGAGUGAUUUGUUGAAUAAGUGUUGUCUAUCUAUCAAGUCAAACGAACUGCAGACAAGAGAAAAUUUUCAAAAUCAACCAUAAAGAUAACAAGAAAAUAAAAAAAAAGCAGUCCAGUGCCGCAGUUAGAAAGUUCUGCUGAGGAUCAUAUAUUGCAGCAAACAAAGUCUUCAAGCUUUGUUCUCUACUGAUACAAACAAGGUCAACCUUAUAUGGAUGUAUUAUGAACGUCACAUCUUCACCAACUGUCACCAACCAUAGUUCGACGACCUUACCGGCUCUAAGUCACGUGACUACAACAUAUGUUGGAAUACUUCUGUGCAUAAUAACAGUGGCGUUAUUAGGAAACAUCGCUGUCAUCAUCGUCUUCAUUGGCAACCGUAGAUUUCGUGUUUCAUCAAGUUACUACAUAUUUAGUCUGGCUGUAGCCGACGUUAUCACUGCAUCGUUGGUAAUGACCUUCGAAGCAGAUCAAUAUCUUCAUAAUAUGAAAUGGCGUUUCAGUAAAUUUUUAUGCAAAGUCUGGACAACGGGCUAUUUGUUCACUGUGCCUGUCUCUAUUUUAUCGAUAUGUCUCUCCAGUUUCGAUCGAUGGUACGCAAUAUCAAGGCCACUGAAGUACAGAGCAAACAGAAAUGGACUAAAACGCAAAGCUCGUGUUGCUGUUAUAGUGAUAUGGAUUUAUUCUGUAAUCUUUGCUGUAAUACCUGAGUUUGGAUGGAACCCCCCGGGGGAUAGUGACGGUUUUGUUGAUGAUUCAAAAUACUGCUAUUUUGACAUCUAUUUUGAGUAUUCCAUCUUAAGUUCCAUAAUUCAUUUCAUUCUUCCAUCAAUAAUCACGGCUUUUCUUUACUAUAAGAUGUUCAAAGCUAUGAAAGCGUACACGAUGCAUCGUCGGAGAAUGUCGAGUGGCUCCGAUUAUUCUAAUCCCUGGAGUCCAACUCAAAGAAAUUACAGAAAGGAGUUGCGCACCAAUUUUCGUCAUAGUGUUAAGCUUGCCAAAAGCUACGCUUUGAUUGGCUCAUUGCUAAUUCUAACUUGGUGUCCUCACUCGAUCUUCAGUAUUGCGCAGAAUAUAUGUUUGCAGCAAAACUCAAGAAACUAUGGUUGUGGUUUUAUACGAGAUAUCAAAGCUGAGACAUCAAACAGUUUAAUUAUUCUUGGAUAUUCCAACUCCGCCUUGAAUCCUAUUGUCUAUGUUCUCAGGUUCAAACAGUUCAGAUUGACAUUGAGAGAAUGGCUGACAUGUAGAAAAAAAUGAAAUGCAAUUCCCAAAGACAUUUCAAAGAAACGAUCAAUGUUGUUUCAUGGGGAACUUAUUUAAGACACGACUAUAUGGUCUUCACUCCCCAAAUGAACACAAUUUUUGUCAUGAUUACAUGAUGUAAGUACUUUUCACGAUGUCUUUUCCAGAUGUUAAUAAAUCGUAUAAUUAAGAUUGUUAGACGCACAUGAACGUAAAUUACAAUUAUACACCUUGAAGAAUAUAUGUGAACAAAAUACAAUUAUCUUUUUCAAAUUGA